AUGUCACCGAUUAAGACAAGUUAUGGAUAUUGGUUCAAUAUUGGCCGUUAUUCGUUUGAUUACCACGCAUAUAAUGAUGCUUUGAAACCAGCAAAGCUACAGCAGCAUUUGCAUACGGCUCAUCCUACUCUCAAAGACCAACCACCUGAAUUUUUUGAAGGACAAUUUAAAAGCUUAAAGAAUAUGAAACUUGGACCAAGUUGGUCAAGUGUCGCAUUGUCACAAGAUGCCGAAGAGCAACUAUUAGGGAAAAUAAAAAGUUCCUCUUACUUCGCUCUUCAAUGUGAUGAAACUACUGAUAUUGCGCAAUAA